AUGAGUGGAAAGGGAGCCAAAAAGAAUGCUCCGGCAUCCAAGGGUACCAGAAUUGCCAUCGUGUCUACCGACAAAUGUAAGCCAAAAAAGUGCAGACAAGAGUGUCGUAAGGCCUGUCCCGUUGUGAAAACGGGAAAAUUGUGUAUUGAAGUGACCCCAGCAUCCAAGAUUGCCUUCAUUUCCGAGACCUUGUGUGUUGGAUGUGGUAUUUGUGUCAAGAAGUGUCCAUUUGAUGCCAUUAACAUUAUCAAUUUGCCCACCAACUUAGAUGCUGAGACUACUCACAGAUACUCUGCUAACUCUUUCAAGUUGCAUAGAUUGCCUACUCCUAGACCAGGCCAGGUUUUGGGUUUGGUGGGUACCAACGGUAUCGGUAAGUCUACUGCUUUGAAGAUUUUGGCCGGUAAGCAGAAGCCUAAUUUGGGAAGAUACGAUGAUCCUCCAGACUGGGAAGAGAUCUUGAAGUACUUCAGAGGUUCUGAAUUGCAGAACUUUUUUACCAAGGUGUUGGAGGACGACAUUAAGGCCAUCAUCAAGCCACAGUACGUCGAUAACAUUCCUAGAGCCUUGGCCAAGUCGGCUGUCAAGGAUGUUGCUGGAAUUUUGAAGGCUAAGUUGGAGAGAAAGGAAGAUUGGGAGUAUGUGGCCAGGAUCUUGGAGUUGAAGCCUGUCAUGAAGAGAGACGUGGCUAACUUGUCCGGUGGAGAGUUGCAGAGAUUCGCCUUGGCUAUGACUUGUGUUCAAAAGGCUCAGGUUUACAUGUUUGACGAGCCAUCUUCGUAUUUGGAUGUCAAGCAAAGAUUGAGAGCUGCCGAAAUGAUCAGAUCCUUGUUGGACCCAACCACUUAUGUGAUCUGUGUGGAGCACGAUUUGUCUGUGUUGGACUACUUGUCGGACUUUGUUUGUAUUUUGUAUGGUGCUCCAUCUGUCUACGGUGUCGUGACCUUGCCUUCAUCUGUGAGAGAAGGUAUCAACAUUUUCUUGGAUGGUUUCAUUCCAACGGAAAACAUGAGAUUCAGAGAUGAGUCGUUGCAGUUCAGAUUGGCUGAUGCUGCUGAUGGCUUGAUCUUGGAUCACUCCAGUUCUUUGGAGUACCCUGAGUUGGAGAAGACCCAGGGUGAUUUCCACUUGAAGGUCGAGAAGGGUGACUUCACCAACUCCGAAAUCUUGGUUAUGUUCGGUGAAAACGGUACCGGUAAGACAACCUUCUGUAAGAUCUUGGCUGGUGCUUUGGAAACUGACAAGAAGACCAACCUCCCAAGAAUGAACAUUUCCAUGAAGCCACAAAAGAUCGCACCAAAGUUCCCAGGUACCGUGAGACAAUUGUUCUUUAAGAAGAUCAAGGCUGCUUUCUUAAACCCACAGUUUCAGUCCGAUGUGGUCAAGCCAUUGAAGAUCGACAACAUCAUUGACCAGGAGGUGCAGGUGUUGUCUGGUGGUGAGUUGCAAAGAGUUGCUCUUGUCUUGGCAUUGGGUGUCCCAGCAGACAUCUACUUGAUCGAUGAGCCUUCUGCAUACUUGGAUUCCGAGCAGCGUAUUGUUUGUUCCAAGGUGAUUAGAAGAUUCAUCUUGCAUGCCAAGAAGACCGCUUUUAUUGUGGAGCACGAUUUCAUGAUGGCCACUUACUUGGCCGACCGUGUGAUUGUGUUUGAAGGUCAGCCAUCCAAGGACGCUUUGGCCAAGGCCCCAGAGUCGUUGUUGACUGGAUGUAACCGAUUCUUGAAAAACUUGAACGUGACGUUCAGAAGAGAUCCAAACUCGUUCAGACCAAGAAUUAACAAGAAGGAUUCUCAGAUGGAUAAGGAGCAGAAGGCAGCUGGAAACUACUUCUUCUUGGACAACACCGAAUUGUAA